GUAUGUACAAAUCACCCCUCAGCCUCAAUCCCACCCAAAAAAAGUCAAGCUUCUUAACUUUGAGCUGCGUAAAAGAUAGAAAACUCCGGCAAUAAGCAAAACUCAUCACGCCCUUUUCUUCGCUUCCCACUCUGUUUAACUUGCUGAAACCAUGAACACUUGGUGGGCAUGGUGUACUCUUCUUGCCAUAAUCAGCCAUUGGUCUGCUACGGUAGCAGCCGGGGAAGUUCUGGAGCUUACUGGGAUCGACUUUGACUCUACUACACAGCGAGGACUUUGGUUUGUGAACCACUUUUCACCAUUUUGUCCCCACUGUCGACAAUUUGCACCGACGUGGCAGCAACUCGCCAAUGAACACGAAACUUUAGAAAACUUUCAUUUCGCCAAAGUCGACUGCACGCUUCAAGCCGAUUUAUGCUCAGCUCAUAAAGUUCGCCACUUUCCUACACUGCAACUUUUUGUCGACGGCAACGCACCGGCAGAGGAAUAUCCUACCGUAGACCGCAACUAUGAGAAGCUGACCGCAUAUAUCGUUCAGCAAGCUGAAGCAUAUAAUAACCCGAGCAACACUAUUCCGGCUGCUGGGGGCAGCAGCAGCAGCAGCAGCAGUAGCAGCAGCGACAUAAAUUCUUCAAAGAGUAGCAACAAUAACGUAGUAGCAAACCCGGAUGGCGUCUCGAUUCAUCUCAAUGGAAACAGUUUGGAGGCUGCAAAACAGUCUGGAUUACCAUGGUUCAUCAAGUUUUAUGCGCCCUGGUGCGGUCAUUGUCAGAAACUCGCGCCUGCUUGGGAGCAAAUGGCAAAGGAUCUUAAGCGUCAAGUGAACGUAGGUGAAGUAAACUGUGUGGACUAUCGAGAUGCUUGUGUCGCUAACGGUGUGCAUGGAUUCCCAACUCUGAAAUUAUAUAUGGAUGGCACCGAACAUGAUUAUCACGAUGAUCGGUCGUUAGUGAGUCUUGUAGGAUUUGCGACCAAGAUAGCAGGACCUACUGUCCUUAAUCUCAAUUGGGGUCAACUUGAAAAUCGAUUGCAACAAGAACCUGUAGCUUUCGUUUUCCUCUACGCAGAUGAACGAGAUUCCGUCAAUGGAUUGAUGAAACAAGUAGCACAACAAUUCGUUGGCGAUCUAGGCUUCUACUUGACCAGCGAUUCGCAAGCAGUGCGUCAAUACAACCUGGCACCUGCAGACUUGCCUGCAGCACUGAUCGUCAAGGAUGGAAAGCAUGUCAUUUAUCCGUCGCAUCAAUUCACAAACACAGAGUCAGUCCGCAAGGCAUUGACCGGAUGGAUCCAAAGCGAGAAAUUCCCGUUGGUGAGCGAUAUCAAUCCAGGUAACGCACCCGAGAUCUUGCAAGGAACGCAUACGGCUGUCGUAGGAGUGAUCAACAACAACGACAUUGAGAGCAUUGCCAAGUUCCACGUCAUGGCAGAGACACAAAGCAAGCAACAAAAGGCAAGCAAGUCGGACCGGGUCUUGUUUGCCAUGCUUGAAGGCACAACCUGGGGCACAUAUGCACGGACCGCCUACUCGGUACAUCCGAACCGAUUACCUGCUUUGAUCAUUGUAGAUCCCUUGGACCAUACCUAUUAUGCACAUAAUCUCGACGGCCAAAAGUUUUCCUUGGAUGAUCCAGACAGCGUGCUACAGGCACUCAAGGUGGAUAUCCCGGAAAAGAACCUGAUUGGCGUGUCGACGUUACCAUUUCAUGCACGCGUCGGGCAAAGCAUGCAACACGGUUUUGGAAUUCUGCGAGCCCACUGGCUGUUGACAUGCGGGGCGUUUGCAGCUCUUUUGUACAUUUUAGUCAAACGGACCGGUCGUAGAAAGGGCCGAUCGAGUGUACUUCCUGUCAAGUCUGGGCCGCGAGAUUAAAUGUUUUUUACGUAAGGUAGUGUGCGUCAUAGCCACACGCUCCUAUCAUCACAUGUACUUUUUGCUCUCUCUCUUCCCCCAAACCCUCCUUUCUUUUUCGUCGCGCGUCAACUCUCUCCCCUCAUUUUUUCUCACUUUAUUGUGGAAUUGGCUUUUUUUUUUUUUCAAAUUGUGUAUAUAUAAACAAACAAGCAAAAAUAUUAAAUGAGAAUCAUGAAUUGCGAUGACUAACAGCAGCAGCAGCAGUGGUGGUGGUGGUGGUGGCGGUGGUCGUCGUCGUCGUCGUUGCCGUGCCAAAAGGAGGCGGGGAAAGAGAC